AUGUCUCGAAGGACCAACGACGAUUAUCCACCCGAGGAAGUUGAGAGCGCCUUCAAAGCACUCGCUGCUACUGAUGCCGCUGACGGAACUAUCUCCAUCAAUGACCUGCACCGUGCUUUAACUAGUUAUGGUGAAGGUCGGCUGAGUGAGAUAGAGGCUAAGGAUCUGUGCUCGAAUCUCGAUCACAUUGACGGCCACUUCAACUACCGCGAUUAUAUCAACAUGACGAUGAAUCGAUAG